CUUUGCUUGGCCUGCUGCCCCUGCAACCCGGCUCGGAUAAGUGGAUGAAUAUGGAUGGAUGGACAACAAGUAUUAAGAGGGGAUACAGGAGUUUGGUAAGCAGGAAAAAGAGGGAGACUACGAAUAAAAAAAGAGGGAAAAGAGGAGGGUUUAAAAAAAGAAAGAAGCAGGAGUAAGAAGAUGGCGGCGAAAGAGAGGAAAUGGGGAAAGCACAACUUAAGAAGAAAUCAUAAAAACCAGAAGUAGAAGGUGGAGAGAAAACAUGAUGAUGAUCUCAGUGGCUGAUCUCCUCCCUCUCUCCCUCCUCCUUUUAUUUAUUCAUAAAUGCAUCCUUUGGAAAAGCAGUGAGGAGGAGAGCAAGGGAACCGUUGAAGCUUUGCUCCUGUACUCAGCAGGCGGUUGUCAGGACACCAUGAUGGGAUUUCCUCUGUCGACCGAUGCACGCUGGUGUCUGUGGACCCUGAAAAGGCACUGACUUGACAUUUCCAAAUCUACACGCAAAAUUCACCAUGGAAACCUUCCCAAGUACGACCAAAUGCAAAAAGGAUGUCAUCCAAUCAGAAUGCCCAAUUCCAGAGGAAGCAGAGCUUGCAGAUGCCCUUGGAAACACAGAUCCCAAUGCCAACUGGGGGGCGGAACCUAACUUCAACCUCAACCUCACUCUAACGUCACCAAGCAACCCCCGCCCAGCCAUCGGGACAUCAAAGCUGCAUGGAGGGAACAAAAAGGAUGAUAGGAACAAAGGAGCAGUUACUAUGGAAACUGGCAAGUCGGCAUAUACCCUGACAAUCCCUGUGAUGUCACCAGUGGAAAAAGAUGAUCCAACGCAUCAGAAAAGCAAAAUUCCAGCUUUGUCCCGGUCACCAACAGCUGAGGCGUCAGUGAACAGCAGAGGUGAGCAAAGGCUUAAAUCCCCAAACUCCAAACGUACUCCAACACUCAGCCCCAAGACGCACACGCACAGCAACAUGGCGGCAAGUCCAAAAUCCCACGGGAUGGAGCAAACAACCAUCGCUAGCAGCCCCAGAACGACCGAAAGAGUCAAAACACAAGAACAGAGAGCGGAACCUGCAAGCAUCUUAAACUCCAAACCACAUGUUGCACUGACAACUGGACCGACAACAAAGACUUCAAACAAAACGACAAUUAGCCCAAAACUGCAAACACACGGAAAAGCAAUAAGCUUCGAGACACAGUCGCCAAAAACUCUACACCUUCCCAUAAGCACGGAUGUCCACAAUCCGAAAGGGGAAUUAGAUGUUAUCAGCCCAAAAGCUGCCAAUCGAACCCCAACGCUGACAACCAAAACCCAAAAACUUGACACAGCUAGCACCAGACAUGACUCAAGAACUCAGGGUUCUGAGACGCCCCCUGUAGGACCAAAGUCCCCAAAUCAGAGGGGUGAAAUGGCACAGCUCAACACCAAGACUCCUCAACUGAGUUCUCGAAGUCCCAAACCAUCCACACAGAGGAAAGCUUCUGGAACCAGAAACAAAAACGCUUCAGGGUCAAAGGAGAAUCUUGAUGGUCAAGAUUUAAGUGUUGGUUCUGUAUCCAAAGACAGUUCAAAUUCUAAAGCUACUACAGUGACUACAGACAGUCUGGAUUCUAAAACUGGCUUGAAUUCCAAAACAGCAAUGGGGUCCAAAGAUAGCCUGGAUUCUAAAAGUGGUUCUGCUUCCAAAACCAGUUGGGGAUCAAAGGACAGCUUAGACUCCAAAACUGGCUCCAACUCCAAAGCCAGUCCCAGUUGUAGGUCUGGGAUGGGUUCCAGAGAUAGUCUUGAUUCUAAAACUGCAAUUGAAAUCAUAGCAGACAAAACCAGCCCUGAUUCUAAGACGUUUGGGGGUUCUAAAUCUGGCAUGGGGUCAAAGGAUAACCUUGAUCCUAAAACUCAGACUCCUUCAGACUCUAAAGGCAGUUUCAAUCUCAAAACCAGUCCAAGUUUAAAACCAGGCUCUGAGUUUAAUCUCAGCACUAAUUCUGAUCUCCUUUCCAGUUCUAAACCUGCUCCAAACCGUUCGACUUCUAAACCUUCUCUGGUGGCCUCUGGCUCUAAGAUGGACAGUGUUGGAUCUGUCUCCCUAUUGUCCUCCAGAACUGGUCCAGCUGGGUCCAAAUACAACCACCUCAAGGCUGCAAGCUCCAGUGCUAAAUCAAGUCCAGAACCUAAAGCUGCUGCAAAUUCUUAUAAGCCUGGAGAAGUUCAGUCUAGCUCAAAGUCACCUCUGGCAGAUUUGUCUCCCUCCUCAAUGCUCUCGCCUACAUCAAGUUCAACAAGUAGGAGCCCUGGCAAAAGUCUUGCUUCUGGCCCAGCUGGGCCAAACAAGGAGGUCCAGAGGAGUCCUGCUUCAGCUCCAGGUUCCGGUGAGAUUUCAGGCCUGCUGGCUCCUCUGGCCACCUCCAGCCCCAAAACCAGAACCACUGUCGCCUCGACAAUGACGAGAGGGUUCACGCCAGAGCCUACAGCAGUUCCAUCCAUUGCUGUGGAAACAAACACCAGCACAACACCCCAUAAUACCAUUCUAACUCGGGGUCUCACCUUUGACUCUAUCACAAAGACACCCGCAAAAACAGGUGCUGCCACUGAGGAAGAGCGUUUGAACCUGCCGGAGACCAAAGUGCCACCUGGAGGAGGACCGGUGGUAUCCCAGGGGGUCGUGCGAGGGGUAGAGGUGACUGACAACGCAGGGUUGUUGCCAGGAGAUAAGAGGAGAAAACCAAGUCACCUGGGAGAUGCAAAUGCCAUCACCGCUGGUAGCAAGACCUCAUCAACAAGGGUGACUGGAUUGGAGAGUCAAAAUGAAGAGAAGAAGAAGCAGGAGAGCGGUAAACAGAAAGAUGGUCGAGGGAGUUCCUCUCUCCCGCCUUCGUCUUUCCUUCAUCCUCUUCCGCAUCUUUCCACUCAUCCAGAGAGGUUCAAGACAGUAAGGGAGACGGCAACAAUGACUGACUCAAGUGAGAGGCUUCAUCUGGCUGAAGGGGAGCGGAAAGACGUGGGUGUCCAAGUGGAGAUGGAGGUGGUCGAACACACUGCUUCUGCUAGCUCCAGCCUGCACAAGGGAGCUCCUUCCUCCUCCCUUAUAGCCUCUCCCAGCUGUCAGUCAGGUAGUUUAACCUCGCCGACUGUCCCGUCACUGUGCUGCGUCCCCGCUGGGCAGCCACCUUUCCAGCACGUCUGUAAGAUCAACAUUGAGUUGCGCAGCCAGUCAGUGCUUCCCUCUGUUGUGACUGACCGUGCUAGCUCCCUCCCCGCCUCUCUGCGUACAUACAGCUUCCAGCAGAGCCCCGGCCUCAUGUCGGAGCUACGACUCAGACAAAACCAGGACCGAGACAUAAGUGCUGAGAGCAUCUGGGAGGACGAGGAGGAAGAGGAGGAAGAAGAGGAGGAGAAGGUAGCAAGGGAGCAGAACAAGGAGGAAGAGGAUGGAGAGGAGAGGGUAGAGACGAUGAAGCCACAGGAGGUGGCAUGGGACAAACAGGGGAGGACAUGGGAGGUGUAUGGCGCCUCUGUGGACCUGGAGUCCCUGGGCACAGCGAUCCAGUCCCACCUGGAGUCAAAGAUUCAGGAGCAGGAGAAGUACAUCCGGACUCUGAGGAAGUCCAUCUGCUCCAACAGCAGCCUCAGAGGGUAUAAGAUGAAGAAGAGGAAGAAGAAGAGGGGAGGGAUUCUGGGAUGCUGCAGGAAAGCGCCCGCUGUGGCUGACUGAGACUAAUCCAGAAAUCUUUUGUACACCAAACUUUAAAACACAAGUGUUCACGUCCAAAUGUCCACAACACUUCCCCCUUCACACUAAGGCCUGCAUGUAUUUCUACAAUAUUAAUUACUUCAGAUAGAACAGCAAUAAAAUCCUUGUGCACAUAGAACAAACAAAAAAUGUAGCUUAAAUAAGAUUCAUACAAGUUUCAUAGUAUCUGUUGUUUUAUAUUAAGUUUGAUUGUUGUCAUAAAUAUUUACUUUAUGUUUUUUUAAACGAUUAAAUGUGGAAUACGUUUGUCAACACCAGAGGUGCAUUCACUCCUCCCUGUAAUAUGAGUAACAAACCGUUACGACUGCAAAGGUUUUAUGUAACAACAGCAUAAAGCACACGAUGUGAGCAGGGGUUAUAACUAUUAACCUAAAUGUGGCUAUUUUUUAAAAAGGUUUCUGCAGUUUUUGAAGCAGAGCCGAGAGGACGGCAGCUCUCUGUUUCCUCUGGUGGUAAAUAUUUCAUCCACUUCCUUUUUUACGAAACGUCGCACAAACCACUCAAGCACUCAGAGCCUUGUGUGUGUGUGUGUGUGAGAGAGAGAGUUGGAACUGUUUUCUGCAAAUUUAUCUGAUGGGAAGCACUUCACUUCCUCUCUGUUCUUUCCUUUCCUUUCCUUUCCUUUCCUGUUUUUCUUCCUUAACUUUCCAGUCUUUUUAUUUCCCUUUCCUUUCCUUUAAUGUCUUUCCCUCCUCCUAUCUUUUUGCU